UGUCGAAUAAGGCGAAACUAAACUCACGCGAGAGUUGGUGACAUCGUUCAGCGACACGUCAACCAUACGGAAGAGAAAAGUCUGUGUCCGACUUGCUGCUGUAUUGCUUAUAUAAGGAGCUUAGCCUAGUCGAAAUGGGUGGUUUCUUCUCUAGUCUCUUCUCGGGCCUUUUCGGCACCAGAGAGAUGAGGAUUUUGAUCCUUGGUUUGGACGGCGCAGGAAAAACAACCAUUCUGUACCGACUACAGGUUGGAGAGGUGGUCACCACAAUCCCCACAAUCGGCUUUAACGUGGAGACAGUCACAUACAAGAAUCUGAAGUUCCAGGUGUGGGAUCUGGGAGGACAGACAAGUAUCAGACCCUACUGGCGGUGUUAUUACUCAAACACAGACGCAGUUAUCUACGUCGUCGACAGCAACGACCGCGACAGGAUGGGUAUCUCAAAGUCCGAGCUGGUGGCCAUGUUGGAGGAGGAGGAGCUGAAGAAAGCGAUCCUGGUGGUGUUUGCAAACAAACAGGACAUGGAUCAGGCAAUGACACCCGCAGAGGUGGCGAACUCUCUGGGCCUUCCAGCCCUCAAAGAUAGAAAAUGGCAGAUCUUCAAGACCUCGGCCACAAAGGGCACAGGUCUGGACGAGGCGAUGGAAUGGUUGGUGGAUUCUCUGAAGAGUCGGCAGUAAAGGCUUCCCCUCCCACUCUGUAUAUACUCCUGACCUUUGACCCUUCUGUGUGACGCCUUAUGACUGAUCCUUCACCCCCUCCCACCCCUCAGUGAUUGCACUCCUGUCCUCCUUUCCCCACCUCUUCCCCACCUGAAGCCUUGGCCAAGGCCUCUCAAUGCCUUUCAAAGCCUGGAACUGAGAAGUGAGGGCUGCAGUAACGUCUGGACUGGGCACACACACACACACACACACACACACACUAUGCCCAGGUGAAGGCUUUAGAGAGCCCUAGGACUGCAGUGAUGGAGGGGCAAAACGUAAAACAGCUGUAUUUACAUUUUUUGUAUGUUUUGGAAAGUGUCUGUUGAUAGUUGAAUAACACCUGUGAACAAACAUGUCAGACAUUGCUAAUUUUAUGAAUCCAUUUGCAGUAGUGUCCGCAUUGAAAUAAGUUAUCAUGGAUGAUGAUAAAUGAGGCUCUGUGAAAAGCCUGUCCACUCCUCUGAAAGCAGGCAUCUUUAUUGGACCCUGCAUCAGUUAGCUUCGGUUAAUAAUUUCCCAAAGGCAAAUUCAGAGUAAUUUGCAUGUAGUAAAGCCAGACACCGAUUAAUAUUUGAUGGGCACCAAUGUCAGCAAAGAGAUGCCAUUAAGAUCCAACAGGAGGCAGCCUUUUCCCAUUAAAGCACAAACAUCAGUACAAAUGGUUCAUCCUGUUCUGACCUGAGCUGCUGGAUUAAUGAUAUAGCACUGAACUCCAUGUCCAUGUUUAGUGCAGCAAAUAUGAACUCUAACUCUUUGGAUAACAAACCUCUUGGUAAACAAUCUCCUGACCUGUAUGAAAUGUUCUGAUUUACUUUUGGAAGCAGCAAAGUAAAAAAAAAAAAAGAACAACAAGAUAUUUCUCUUUGUCUCCUACUCAUCCUCUAACCAAGUGUUACUGCAGCCUGGGCUGUUUUUGUACUUUAGUCAGGCAGAUGCAUUGACGUGGAUUUCUGCUUUUUCUUCCUGUUCAGUUGUGUUUCCAGUUUUUAAAGAAUAUGGUGGUUAAGGCUUUUUUUCUUUUGAAAUCCUUGAGUGCAGCUUUGGCAUAUUAGUCAUUUAGUUACUGAACACUAAGUGUAUGCUCAAAGUUUUAUGGAUGCAUAUUUAUAUCUGCUUGUACAGUGAAAAUGAUUCUCAGUAAAGAUUGCUAUCAAUGAUUGUA